UCUACAGUGGACUCCAGUCCAGCCUCCUCCUCCCCCUCCCUCCCUCAUCUCCACUUGAGAAGAAGAACACCUCAGACAAAAAAGGAAAAAAUAUAUCCUUUUAUUUAUCCUUAAUAAAUCAAGAACAGGGAGAGGGAGAUUGGAGAAGGAGGAGGGGGAGGAGGAGCAGCAAUCGGAAGCCGGCGCCAAUAAAUUCUCGCGGAGAGAAAGAUUGGGGGAUAAAUCAUCUGCAUCGGUUUAUUGAUUGCUCAUUAAUCCAGCAUUUCUUUCCACUAUCGCCUUCUUGGAGGAGCAGGCAGGCAGCCAUGGGUCCGAGCUACGACUGCGCCGCCUCCGUGCUGCUCUGCGCGGAGGACAACGCCGCCAUUCUCGGCCUCGACGACGACGACGACUGCUCCUGGGCGGCGGCCGUCACGCCGCCCCGCCACGCCGCCGCCGCCGCCGGCGGCGCCGACGGUUUCUCGAUGGGCUACCCCGUGCAGACCGAUGAUAUCAUCGCGGCGCUCGUCGAGAGGGAGGAGGAGCACAUGCCCAUGGAGGGGUACCCCGAGAUGCUGCGGCGGCGGCUCGCGGGCCUGGAUUUGGCCGCCGUCAGGAGGGACGCCAUCGACUGGAUUUGGAAGGCCAUUGAGCAUUACAAUUUUGCGCCGUUGACUGCAGUCCUGUCUGUCAACUACCUGGAUAGGUUCCUCUCGGUCUAUGAUCUUCCUGAAGGCAUAGCUUGGAUGACACAGCUCUUGGCAGUGGCCUGCUUGUCUCUGGCUUCAAAGAUGGAGGAGACCUAUGUGCCACUCCCAGUGGACCUGCAGGUGGAGGUGGCCGAGGCAAAGUAUUUUGCGGGAAGGACCAUAAAAAGGAUGGAGCUUUUGGUGCUAAGCACCUUAAAGUGGAGGAUGCAAGCUGUUACCGCUUGCUCAUUUAUUGACUACUUCCUCCACAAAUUCAGUGACUGUGGCGCGCUUUCCAUGCUCGCGUUAUCCCGCUCGACUGACCUCAUCUUGAGCACGGCUAAAGGAGCUGAUUUUUUGGUGUUCAGACCAUCAGAGAUUGCUGCAAGUGUUGCACUCGUUGCAUUUGGGGAGCGCAAUAGUUCAGUAGUUGAGAGGGCUACAACUAACUGCAAGUAUAUAAACAAGGAGAGAGUGUUAAGAUGCUACCAAUUGAUCCAAGACAAGAUAACAAUGGGAAGCAUUGUCCUAAAGUCAGCUGGAUCUUCAAUGUUCUCUGUGCCGCAAAGCCCCAUAGGCGUGUUAGAUGCUGCUGCAUGUCUCAGCCAACAGAGUGAUGAUACUGCGGUUGGAUCUCCAGCAGCAUGCUACCAAAGCUCUUCAGCAAGCAAAAGGAGGAGAAUUAGCAGAUGACUGAUCUCAUGUUGUGCUGCGCUCCAGGUGUGUUGCUCGCCGUUUUGGCAUUUUUGUUGUUUCAAACACCUCAAUUUAGUUUGGUCACUCAAGAAUGAUGGCAUGGUCAAGUAGUUGCUGGAAGGAAUAAAAACACCAUAGACAAUACUUGACCCUUAAAAGCAAACAGCUUGCUGCGAGCCUAUCCAUGCAAUCAACAUAUGUAAUGGGCAUGCUGCUGUCAGGGUCCUGGGAUGCUAGUGUAGGCAGAGAAGGAACAAGGAAUUUGGAUGCUGUAGAGAUGAGAGCUCUCUUGUCCUGUUUUGUAUUUCUGUUCCGUAUCAAUUUCCAAUGAACUUUGGGCAAGGGCUGCUUUGAUCAUUGAGGGUGAUGAAUGAAAAGGAUCCGUAAACGGACCGGCAGAGGAACAUAACAGUUUAUAUUGGUUUCCAUGAGUUAUCAAAUUGUCGACAUUAUUUGCUCUUCUA